AUGUAUUGUGGUUCGGAGUUGUCUAGGCAGCUAGACUUAUGGCUGUCGAAGGCUGACCUCACACAUGGUCCUGCCAGAGCUAUUAUUGCGCCGCAUGCAGGAUAUUCAUACUGCGGCGCGUGCGCAGCUUUUGCGUACAGACAAGUGAGCCCUGUAGUUGUAAAACGUAUUUUUAUCCUUGGACCUUCCCAUCAUGUGAGGUUGGGAGGCUGUGCGUUGUCCUCCCUCGAUAAGUACCAAACGCCGCUCUACGAUCUCACUAUUGAUAAACAGAUAUACGCUGAAUUGGAAGCGACAAGACAGUUCGAAUGGAUGGACGUACAGACAGAUGAGGACGAGCACUCUAUAGAGAUGCAUCUACCCUACAUAGCAAAAGUUAUGGAAGAGUACAAAACUGGCUUUACAAUUAUACCCAUUCUCGUUGGUUCUCUCACACCGGAAAAGGAAGCUAAAUACGGCUCCAUCCUAGCCCCGUAUCUGGCGGAUCCACAGAAUCUGAUAGUGAUCUCCUCCGACUUCUGCCACUGGGGCCCGCGCUUCCGAUACACAUGGCGCGACGCGUCUCGUGGACACAUACACCAGAGCAUCGAGUGGCUGGACCAUUUGGGUAUGGGCAUAAUAGAAAAAAUGGACCCUCGCGCGUUUACAGAUUAUUUAAAUAAAUAUAGCAACACCAUAUGUGGCAGACAUCCUAUUGGUGUUCUUCUACAGGCCAUAGACAAACUGCAAAGUCAAUCUGAUGCACCACGAAUGACGUUAAAGUUUUUAAAGUACGCGCAAUCCUCUCAAUGUAUGACGAUGCAGGACUCCUCCGUGUCUUACGCCAGUGCUUCAUUGGUUUUCGAA